AUGUCUCACGCAGAACGCUCUUCAUUUGCCGCUGAGGUUGCCCGCGUUGAGCAAUGGUGGAAGGACCCUCGCUUUGCCCGCGUGAAGAGACCAUACACUGCUGCGCAAGUCGUCUCCAAGCGCGGGACACUGCCCAUCUCAUACCCUUCAGAUGUCCUCGCCAAAAAACUCUGGGCUAGUCUUUCGGAGCACUUCAGAAGAGGGACCCCGUCGCAUACCUAUGGAGCUCUGGAUCCUGUGCAGGUUACACAGAUGGCCAAGUAUCUCGAGACGGUAUAUGUCUCAGGAUGGCAAUCGUCCAGUACUGCAUCCAGCACGAACGAGCCCGGUCCCGACCUCGCAGAUUAUCCCUCCAACACGGUCCCGAACAAGGUCGAGCAUCUCUUCAUGGCCCAGCUCUUCCACGACCGCAAGCAAGCAGAGUCACGAUCUAACUUGUCCGAAGCCGAACUUGCCAAGACUCCAUUCAUUGACUACCUUCGCCCCAUCGUUGCCGAUGCCGAUACAGGUCAUGGUGGUCUCACAGCAACGAUGAAGCUUGCCAAGAUGUUCGUCGAAAAGGGUGCAGCGGGAAUUCACAUUGAAGACCAGGCUCCGGGUACGAAGAAGUGUGGGCAUAUGGCCGGCAAAGUACUUGUCCCCGUCUCGGAACACAUCAACCGACUCGUCGCGAUUCGUCUCCAGUUCGACAUUAUGGGCGUGAACAACCUCGCCAUUGCACGAACGGACUCCGAAGCGGCCACUCUUAUCACGACCAACGUUGACGAGCGCGAUCAUCCAUUCAUUCUCGGUUCGACCAAUCCCGACCUCCGGCCACUUGUCGUUGUUCUUGCCGAGGCUGAGCGGGCAGGCAAAACUGGUGAAGCGCUCGAAGCAGUAGAGGAGCAGUGGAUGGCCGCAGCAAAAUGCCAGCUUUUCUCGACGACGCUGGCGAACGCGCUCCGCUCACAGGUGAGCGCCACUCCGAUUACGCUGGAGCGCUUCGUCGCGCGGGUCAGCAGCCUGUCCUACUCGGACGCGGUCGCAGUCGCGAAGAAAGAAUUUGGGCUGAGGAACGCGCCUUACUGGGACUGGGACGCGUCGCGCACGCGCGAGGGCUUCUACCGCUACCAGGGCGGCACACAGGCUGCAGUAAGCCGCGCGAUUGCGUUCGCGCCAUAUGCGGACUUGCUUUGGAUGGAAACGAAGAAGCCGAUUCUUGCGCAGGCGCGUGAGUUCGCGGAUGGUGUGCACAAGGUGUACCCGGACCAGUGGCUCGCGUACAACCUCAGCCCGUCGUUCAACUGGGAAGCUGCUGGGCUGAACACGGACGACAUGCGUGCGUUUGUGUGGGAGCUUGGAAAGCUCGGAUUCUGCUGGCAGUUCAUUACGUUGGCUGGUCUUCAUUCGAACGGAUACAUCAGUGAUCUAUUCGCGAAGGCUUUCGCGACUGAGGGUAUGAAGGCGUACGUUGAGCUCGUCCAGCGCCGUGAGCGGGAGAUUGGCUGCGAUGUCCUCACCCACCAGAAGUGGAGUGGUGCGGACUACAUGGACAACCUCAUGAAGACCGUGACCGGAGGUGUGUCUUCGACAGCAGCGAUGGGCAAAGGCGUCACAGAAGCGCAAUUUGCCGAGUCGCCGAAAGCCAAGCUGUGA